UAGUCAAGUGCUUUAGUCUUUAGAGUUUUAUAGUGUUUUAAUUUAAGUAUUUUACAAAAUGGCAUUAAAGUUAAUCGUACUGUGUUGUAUAUUCGCUGCAUCAGCAAACGCAGGACUUAUCGGUGCACCAGCAUAUGGUCCAGCUUAUGCUGCCCCCGCUUAUGCAGCACCAGCAUAUGCAGCCCCCGCAUAUGGUUAUGCUGCAGCUCCAGCAAUUGCUAAAGUAGCUGUGCCCGCUGCUGAUUACGAUCCAAAUCCACAAUACUCAUACGCUUACAAUGUUGAAGAUGCUCUUACUGGUGACUCUAAAAAUCAACAAGAAAGUCGUAGUGGUGACGUUGUACAAGGAAGUUACUCAUUGACCGAUCCAGACGGUACCAGACGUACUGUAGAAUAUGCAGCUGACCCAGUGAAUGGAUUUAACGCAGUUGUACGAAAAGAACCAUUAGUUAAGGCUGUAAAGGCUAUUGCACCAGCUUAUGCUGCCCCAGCUUAUGCCGCACCUGCAUACGGUUAUGCCCGUCCAGCAUAUGCCGCACCUGCAUAUGGUUAUGCACGACCAGCAUAUGCCGCACCUGCAUUAGCUUACGCCCGACCAGCAUAUGCGGCUCCCGCAUACGCUGCUCCCGCAUAUGGUUAUGCACGACCAGCAUUAGCAGCUUAUGCCAGACCAGCCUAUGCAGCUCCAGCUUAUGCAUCACCCGCUUAUGGCUAUCAUUAAAUAAAGGGUAAACCAAUGACUUCAUUUUAUUGUAUAUUUUGUGUAUUUCUCUCUUCGUGAUUUUGUCUUCCUCUAUUUAUUUUAUGUAAUUUUUAUAAGAA